AUGACUAAACCGAUGUCUCCUGAAAUAUACGAUGCUUUUAAAAAGUGCGACGGACAGUGGAUGCAGAGACGACGAAAGCUAGAUACAUCUUCCCUUUUCUAUACGCUCACUAAGUGUUGUAUUCAAGAGAGAGGUGUCGCUCACAUACUGAGGAUGGAAAACGAACAGUACUCGUCUCAGGCGAUACAUUCGGCCAGAAAGAAGCUUCCACCAGGAGCUUUCAAGGAAGUAAACCGGUUCUUGCAACGAGGACCACACGAACCACGUGUAUUCGCUGUAGAUGGUUCGAAAGUGCACGUGCACCCUUCGUUCAUCGGGGCUGGAUAUAUGACCCGGACGAACAAUAAACCGGUCCCGCGUCCCGCGAAAAGACCUCUUGUCAUGCUUUCUUCGAUGGUGGACGUAAAAACAAAAGCGUGUGUGGACUUUGAGCUCACGAAACACUUCAACGAAAGAAAGGCAGCCACUGAGAUGCUCCGAGGUGUACGCAAAGGGGAUACUCUGGUGUUUGACAGAGGCUACUACUCCAAGAACUUGCUGAGGAGCGUUCAUGACUCUCAUGCAUUUGGCGUUUGGCGGCUCAAGAUAGACGCUUUCAAAGGCACCAGGUCUUUCUUUAACUCGUGUCGCACGGAGGCCGCGUGCUUGAUUCUCGGUAUCGAGGCGCGUCUUUUGAAAUAUUUUAUCGACGGUAAAACGUACGUUUGCCUCACGAACGACCCGUCGCUAUCUCGAAGGGAUAUCAAGACUAUGUACGCUUCGAGGUGGCGGGUAGAAGAGUCGUUUAAACGAUUGAAAUCAAACCUCAGGCUCGAAAAAGCUCACGCAAGAACACCGGAUCUUUACAUCCAGGAGGUGGAGGCCAGGGUGUUGUUAGACACGAUCACUCUGAGAAUGCAAGGCAGUACGAAAGAAUCGUCAUAUCUCUAUACCCUUGACACGCAUGUCACAUACAUCCUCCGUAACGUGAAAAGAGUCUCCGGUCCCUCGAGAUACAAAUGUCCAGGCGUAGCAGAUCUGAAGGCGAAAGUGCCGUUUGGUCGGAUGCACUGCAGACCACCAGCGAAGAUCCUGAUUUUUAAAGCAUGA